UAGUGAUUAUAUGCUCUUUCUUUGGUAUCAAUCAAUGUAACAUGGCAUGACGUGUAAAUUUAUUUAUUUAGGAAGUUGUGAGGCUAUCGUUAAAUUGUUAAACAAAAGAACAACGAAAGAACUGACAAACACACAGAUUAAUUUUGUUUUAUCCACCUAUAAUAAAACAUAGAUACUUGUUGUAUAUGUUUAUGUACAAACAAUGUGGUAGUUGCCGUAAUGGAUGUAAUGAAUUCCUGUUGCUGCUGCCUGCGGUGUGCUCCGGACAGGGACCUGACGACCCCGUACACACACCUCGGCAAAACAGAAACAUUUUCCGAUUUGCUCAAAGAAUGCUUCAAUAUACAUUUGGUACUGGAUGGCUCGGGCCCGUGCGGUAUCUGCUCGGCGUGCGUGGGCCGCCUGCGAGACGCGAGCGACUUCAAGCUGCAAGUGCAGCGCAGCCAGGCGGAGCUGCAAGCACUGCUUGUUAAAACAGAGAUUGUGGUCAAGUCUGAGCAGGCUGAUGAUGGUGUGGAAGAAGAAACUGUAUUCAAGUUGUUUUAUGAGGAGCCAAUAGAAAAUUCAGAGGUUGGCCAAGAGGAUACCAAGCAAUUCAUCGAUCCCCUCGUCAAGUCUGAGAUGGAUGAUGUGAUGAGUGACGGCGACUAUUCAGCGGCGGGUUAGUACCUUCACUACUAUUAUGUUAUCCUGCUCUACUAGGUUCCUGCUACUCACUUCGUCGUCACGUCUCACCUAUUGAGCCAGCGAGGAUGUGAGACAAGACAUGACGAGAGUGCGAUAACAUUAGGCGUGACCAGAACGAGCCGCCUCGCGAGGAAAAUGCCGCGCGAAGCUCGAUCGGAGGACACGAGCCUCGAGCGAUAACUUCGCCCGAGGCACGUUUACACAUA